GCAACACUAGUAGACAACGUGUCAAUCUACUUUGUAGGUACUUAACUACGUGUAGCCAACCCGAUUUUACAUUCUCUCUAUUUGAAGAAGUUUCAGUUCUGUCUUAGCUGUAGUUUUGUUUCGUUAAUUGUGUGUUUUCUGACUGAAAUAUAUAAAAAAUGCCUCCAGCGCCGAGCUCUACUUCAGUGGGAUCUGGUGGACGUUCUCCCAGCAAGGCAACAUCUGCUCCAAGAUCAGCAAGUGGUGGUACUGUACGGCAACGGAAAACUACGACUACAACUACUGCAGCUAGAAAUAGGAGCACCGGUGCUGGUUCAGGCGGUAUGUGGAGAUUUUACACCGAUGACUCGCCUGGCGUAAAAGUGGGUCCUGUUCCAGUGCUAGUGAUGUCUCUACUUUUCAUUGCUUCUGUCUUCAUGCUACACAUUUGGGGAAAAUACACCAGAGCAUAAUUAAGUUAAAAUAUUAAUUUUAAGUUAUUGAAUAUUGUUGGUGAAAAGUGAAAAGAUGGUAAUUGUAUUGGGAUACCUAUAUUAUAGUUAAUUAUGUAAUAAUACUUAUCUUAAUUAUAUUAAGUUAACUUUU